AUGGCAGUCACCCAGGAAGCCAAGGACAAGCUCCGCAAGUGGCGGCAGCACGGCGACGAUGUGGCCGUCAUCGACCUGAAGAAGGCGUUUCUGCAGCUGCACGUGGCCCAGGAGCUGUGGCCGUUUCAGACGGUAAUCGUGGACGGCCAGCGACAUUGUCUGACAAGGCGGCUCCAGUGGCGCAGUUGGCGGUCAAUCUUCGCCUGGGCGGGUCAGCUAACCUCACACGUGCCCGUCGCCGGGUGGCUGCGGCCGGCCGCCGCCUGGCUGAAAAGGGCGGCGAACAAGGUCACCAAAGAUUGGGACUCACCGAUCACUGACGAUGACCUGCGCAAACAAGUCAGUGAUGUGGCCCGGCGGCUGGCAGAGUGUGACCCGGCACGAGGACAGUGGUGCGUCUCAGGAGACUCGGUGACGGUGUGGACUGAUGCCAGCUCCAUCGCCCGCGGCGUAGUGCUAAGUGACCCCACCACGGGUGAGGUUAUCGAAGACGCCGCGUGGCUCCGAUCUGACAGUGACUCAGACAUGCACAUAAACCUAUCGGAGCUGGAUGCCGCGCUGAACGGUAUGAAUAUGGCGGUGGCGUGGGGAUUCAAGCGUGUGAUCCUCCGCACAGACUCUGUCACUGUUCAGCGCUGGCUGACCGACGCUCUGACAGGCCGUGCCCGACUGAGAACGAAGGCACAGUCGGAAAUGCUGGUUCGGCGGCGGGUGGCCGUUUUCAAGCAGCUCUCCAGCGAGUACGACCUCGUCGUGACAGUGGAGCUCGUGCCGUCGGCUGCCAACCGUGCAGACGAACUCACGAGAGUACCAAAAGAGUGGAUCAGAACCGGAAGCGAGCAGCCGACAGGUGUGGUGGCGGCCGUCAGGACAGCUCGACCGGAGGACAUAAUGGCGGUGCAUGAAAGUGUGGGACACCAGGGAGUGCGGCGGACGUGGUGGUAUGCGCGCCGAGAGCUGGAAAAGAGCGUGACGAAGUCGGCCGUUCGUCAGAUCGUUAGAUCGUGCCAGGUGUGUGCGUCGAUCGACCCAGCCCCGUCGCGCUGGAAGCAUGGUGCCUUGGCGGUCGAGCGCAACUGGGAGCGGCUGGCAAUGGACGUAACCCAUUUCCGCGGAAAACACUAUCUUACCGUGAUUGACUGUGGGCCGUCGCGAUACGCCAUGUGGCGUGAGAUCCGCCGCUCUGACGGGAGCGAGAUCGUCAGACAACUCGAGGCUCUGUUUUGGGAGCGAGGAGCACCGGCCGAGCUUCUAAUGGAUAAUGCGACCGAAUUCAAGGGUCGCGAGCUGAAGGCGUUCGCGGUGCGGUGGGACGUCGAGCUGAGGUAUCGCGCGGCCUAUGAACCUGGUGGGAAUGGCAUCAUCGAGCGCCACCACCGCACCAUCAAAGUGAUGGCCGCCCGUCAGGGAUGCACCAUACCAGAAGCCGUGCACCGCUAUAAUGUCACGCCCAAGGACGGGCGUGAUAUUACCACGGCCCCGAUACAUGGUGCCUACCGUCAGGCUGGCAGAGACUUGUGCGUGUAG